GGAGAAAUACAACUAACUGACUUUAAGGAGAUGCGGAAGCGGGAAGUUUGUCCCACGCGACUUUCCGUUCGACGAAUUUAUCAUGUCAGCCCCCUUGACGUCUCUGCACAGAUGUUGCCAGCGGUCGGCUCUCCUCCUCCAUGUUGCCAGGCAACGCUGGAGCUCCAGCUCAGCGUCUCCUCCUCCUCUGCACACGAGGCUCCUCCUCUUCCUCACCCAGCGUUUCUAUGAUGUAGAGAUGCUCCUGAGCUGGAGGUCUCAGCUGAUGAGGAACCAGCUUCAGAAGAAGAACGCUUACUAUGGCUAUACUCAGAGGUUUUAUGGGCUGGAUUUAGCAUCAGCAUAUUUUAUCUUGAGUCUAAAAGGAGGAUUUAGGUUUGCUGGCCAGUCUGAAUGGUUCUAUGCAGACCAAAAGGGAAAGUUCAGUUGGGACUUUCUGAAUCACAAAGACACACUUCUGGAGGAGGUCGACAUGAGCUACACUGUCAUCAACUACAGAGGACUGUGUAACCUGGAGGGCCAACGAUCUUUGCGGACUCUGAAAUUACGAGGCUGUCCUGAAGUGGACGACUGGCUCCUUGCCAGGCUCCAUGUGUUCCAGGACUCUCUGGAGGACCUAGACAUCUCUCACUGUCCACGCAUCACCACAGGCGGCCUCGCUGCACUCAGGAAUCUCAAGGGACUGAAGCGUCUAGACGUGUCAUCCCUCCCUGGCAUUUUGAGUCCUGGGCUGGUCAUCAUCCUGCUGGAAGAGAUGUUACCACAGUGCCAGAUCACAGCUACUGGCUACGACUACAGUCUGAAUGACGCACAAGGAGAGGAGGAGGAGGAGCACAUGCAAAGACAGAGGUAGAGCCUGGAGCGAGACGAGAAUCUGUGUGAACAAAAACAGAGUCCUCUGAUAGAGUUCGGCUGUCGGUUCAUGUGAUACAUCAACAACCGCUGUCUGUGGUGAAGCAAAGAGAUGGAUACAGCUAAGAGAAAAGGCCGUAACUCUGGUCAGUGCAGCUGUUCAGCCAUCAAGUCUUUUUAGCAGAACCAUAUCAUGUCCAGUUUAGGCUGGUCACAGACAAAUGAGAGCUUUUUUUUUUGGUUUAAUUUUCAAGUGACAUAUAUACAUAUUUAUAGUAUGAAAUGGUUAUGAAUCCCAGUUUAACUGAAUAUGUCAACAUCCAGUUCAUUGAAAACAUGAAAAACAAACAUAACUUACCUCAAAUUUGUUGGGUUAUUUGGCAGUUUCAUGUGAGGUAUACUCCAUCAUGUAUGUUGCUUUACCCCAGAAUCAGUUUAUGUGUAAUUGUGUACACAUUUAUGAUGUAUAUCUAAAUGUAUACAAAAUUUAUUUUGUCUCAAGCAAACUGUACUUUGUCUUUAAUGAUUUUAUUUGUUGCUCAAAUGUAAAUGAUUGUAAAUGUAUUUAAUAAAAAACUUAUUGUUCAGUAACAUGA